ACUCCAUGAGACCUGGAAAACCUUUGGUCUCGCAGUCGCUUGUCAAAACAAUGGCAGCUGGGAUCAGGUUAUUUUGCAAUAGUAGGCACUUACCUUUGCAAAAUGCACAGUUGCACAAGGUUUCUAUCUCAUCCAGGACUGCCAUCAUCAGACAAGUUGGUAGUUUGUCUAAUGAGAAGAAAAAGAAGGUGGCUGAAGGCCCGUCCCUUCAAGACUUUGUAUCAGGAGAAGUCACCAGAGAAAUGACAUGGUCAGACUACACUGGGAAGCUAAAGCGGGAAGCAGGAGAAACUGAACGCUUAAGACUACCACCUUGGCUCAAACGAGAGAUUCCUAUAGGCAAAAAUUUUAGUAAGUUGAAAGCUGACCUUCGUGGACUUAACCUCCAUACUGUAUGUGAAGAGGCCAGAUGUCCAAAUAUUGGUGAAUGCUGGGGGGGUAAUGAUGAUAAUAUAUCAACUGCAACUAUAAUGCUAAUGGGAGACACCUGUACCCGAGGUUGUCGAUUUUGCUCGGUUAAAACUGCCCGCAAACCCCCUCCUUUGGACCCCCAAGAACCUGUUAAUACUGCCACUGCCAUUACCAAGUGGGGUCUCAGCUAUGUUGUUCUUACAUCUGUGGACCGAGAUGAUAUUCCAGAUGGAGGCUCGGCUCACUUUGCUGAAACAGUAAUGGAGCUGAAGAAACAGAACCCUUCCAUUUUGGUAGAAUGCCUUGCUCCAGACUUCAGAGGUGACAAAGAUUGUAUAGCAACUAUUGCCAAAUCAAGAUUGGAUGUAUUUGCUCAUAAUAUUGAAACAGUGGAGUCUCUAACUCCUCGUGUUCGUGAUCCUAGGGCAAAAUAUAGGCAAUCUUUGGGAGUUUUGGAACAUGCCAAGACAACAAAAGCAGACUUAGUCACAAAGUCCUCUAUUAUGUUAGGCCUGGGAGAAACUGAUGAUGAAAUUUUGCAGACUAUGAAGGAUUUACGUAAUGCAGGGGUGGAGUGUGUCACUCUUGGGCAGUAUAUGCAACCAACCAAGCGGCAUCUCAGAGUAUCUGAAUAUGUUACACCUGAGAAGUACCAGCACUGGGAGGAGACUGGAAAGAGUUUGGGAUUUAUUUAUACUGCAAGUGGGCCAUUAGUGAGGUCAUCAUAUAAAGCUGGUGAAUUCUUCUUGAAACAUCUGCUCAUGCAGAGAAAACAAGAUAAAACUCUUUAGGUGUAAUUUGAUUGACUGUGUUAAGUAUAUUUUAGCUUUUUAUGUUAAUUUAUAUCAUACUUAACAUUAAUAUAGUUUUAGGCAUGGAACAUCAUUUAGAGUACUACUUUACUUUUGUAUAUAUUAUUAGUACUGUAUAUACAAAAUUAUAAACCUUGAUAUAAUGCAGUUUUUUAUGGGUUCCAUAAGAACAAUAAUACUACUUUUCUAACUAUUCUAACACAGAAGGAAUCUGGGGUACAGUUUCUUAGCCCAUUUUUGCACAUCAUCAAAUUGCCUAUUAUGAGCAAAAAUGGGUCAGUUAAUUUAUUUUAUUUGGGCAUUUGAUCUUGUUAACAGAAUAAACUUGUCAAGUGAG